UUUAUGAAAAUUACUACGCAAUUUAUGUCACAUAAAAGUAUUUUUUUUUUUAAUAAAAUAAAAAAAUAAAAAGAUGCAAAAAAGUAUUAUUCUUUUUUUUGUAUGUGCUGUUACUUUUAACGAGGUUUAUUCACAAAAUGUGGUAUCAAUUGAUAUCUCUAGGCAAUGCCUACAACUUGUAAGAUUAUUUCAGUUAUUAAUAUAUUAUAAUAAUAUGCCUUAUUGGAGUGAAAUUUUAAAUUAUAUGUCUCAAUAUGGAGAAAAAAUGGCAUAUAUUUUAACUUUAAUAUCGAAACCUGACGUAUGGUGGUUGUGGCAACACAGUAUAUUCGCCAAUACCAUUACAAAUGUUUUAAAGCUAGAAAAUAUUUGUGAUUAUACAGAAUUUGUUGAAGGUACAUUUGAAUCAAAAUUAAAUAGUAUUGAGAAAGCUUUUGCUAUAGUCCAUCAAACAUUAGUAGACUUUAUCCAAAAAAAUGAUGGUACUGUGACGUUAUUUCCUACGUACGAAUAUAAUAAACCUAAUGAGAUCAUUUUCCGUAUUAACUAUGGGAUGAGAAAACUUGAUGAUUUAAUUUUAAAUAAUCUACUCAGUAACCAAUACGACGGGGCCCUAAUUAAAAUAAAGCAUUACACGCCCACCAAUCUAUUCUUGGGACAUAUAGGUCAGAAGCAAGCAGAACUAAUAAAACUUUUAUUGGAAAAUGUUGGAAUUAAUUGGUUUGACACAAUAAAAAUGGUAGAAAUAUUACAUAAAGUUGCUGUUAAUAAAUGGGUGUCAGAAUCUUACACGGAGUUAAAAGAUUAUUAUGAUUCGGUAACUUUGAUAUUAAAAUCUUCAAUUUACGGACAUAUCAGAAUUCAUAGUUCAGCAUUUCAAAAAUAUGUGAAUCGUGAUAUUUCUGUUAUGUUUAAUAAAGGUAAUAUGAAGGAGUUUGUUAUUAAAGACAUGUGGAAGUCAAUGAUUGACACGCUGUCAAAAUUUAUUUCCAAGUUUAAACUAGAAAAAGAUGAAAAUAUGCAAAAUUUAUUUUUAAUACUAUCCAAUUCUAAUUUUAAUAUAAACGACAUAGAUAUAAUCGAAAAAAUAUUGAACUCAGAAUUUGAAAAAAUCAGUACUUUAUCACAUGGCAAUAUAAAAGAAGACAGUAAAAAAUUGAAAGGAAUAUUAGGCCAUAUAUUUACUUUGAAAUCUUUAAUAUCUAUUACUACAACUAAUAAUAUUAAAUUUAUAAAUUAUUUCACAUCAGUCAGUGCAACAUUAAAUGAUAUUAACUUUGAAACAAUAAAUAUAUUUUUUCAAAGUAUUUCUGUGUUAUAAUUUAAAUUUGGAUUUGCUGAAUUAAUAUUUCGUUAAAAGUAUCAUACAAAGAAAGAAUUUAUAAGAUAAAAUAAAUAAACUGAAGUGGAAAGUGUAAUAAUUAUAAUUAUUUUAUUUUAUAAAUAUAUUUGAUAAUAGAUGUUUGUUUGUAUUCUUUAAAUAUGUUUUAAAUAUUCUAUAGCAGUGAUAAUUAUUAUAGUUGAUAUGAUCAUAUCUAUGAAAGUGUUUGCAUAAGACAAAGGGUUUGGAUAUACCCUUUUGUAUUGUAGAUAUUCAUAAAUGUUCAAUCAAAUUUAAAUGUUGUAUUGACUAUGAGUAUUAUGAAUAUUUUUAUAAUUGUAGUUUUCAAGAAAAAAAUUAAUUUAAUAGACUUAUAUCUAUUGCACAAUGUAUCAAUUUAUUCAUUUGUCUAUUGAAUUUUCAAUUACAAUAAAUAUCAUAUAAAUUUAUGUAUAUAUUGUCAUUUGGCAUGAUAAAACUCCUUAGUAAAAAAAAAUGAAAUAUAUAUUAUAGAUAGUGUAUUUUUUAGGAUAUCAAAAAUGUUAUCUUUAAUUUUUUAUACAUAGAAGGUUUUUCAUGCUAUGUGACGCAAUAUAUUAUUUUUUAUAAAUGUAUAAUUUGUUAUUUAAAAUUUAAAUUUGCUUUAGACUUGUAAAAAAUAAGUUAUGAAAACAAAUGUGACGUGAGAAAUAUAUUUUAUUAUUUAUCACUUACUUCAUUAAAAAAUUUAUCAUUUGAAUCGCGUUAAUUCAUUGUAUAAUUAUUUUUUUAUUGACGGGUUUAAGUUAAACGUCAGGAAUUGAUUUUUAUACCUUUAAAUUUACAAUGCAAACAUGGUUCAUUAAUUUAUGUUUAAUAUUUUCAUUAACAUUUUUAUUAUACUGCUCACUAGCAGUGAUAAAUUCUUGUUCUCGAAAUACACUUCCAGUUACAGUCGCUGAACAAUAUUUUCGCAUAUUUGAUAUGCUAAAAAAUUUGUAUAUAUUGAAACAUUCAAUGCUUUAAUUUUGGAUAAAACUGUGAUUGUUUUUAAUGAUUGUAUACAGGUUGUUUUUGUUAUCGUGUAUAAUUUAAUUAUUCGAAAAAUAAUAAUACUAUUGAAAAUUUUAUUGGGUUUUUUUUCAUGAUGAACAGGGUUGUGAAUUAAUCAAAAAAAGGUUACUAAAAACAACCCAAUAAAAUGUUUAACGGAACAAAACAAUUUAAGGAAAUGCGAAAGAUGGAGAAACAAUUCAUUUUUUUAUUCAAAUCUAUUUUGUACUACUCAAAAAAAAUUUUAGGAAAAAUUUAAAUAAUUUAUUUUAAUUGUUUAUAACUCUUAAAGUUUGUUAAUAAGUCACAUAUAUUUGUAUUUUAUUCUAUAAAAAUAGGUCAAUUAUUUUAUAUUACCUAAAAAUAUCAAUUUCCAAUAAAAGAACAGUUCAUGAUUUACAAUUUAUGGCUCAAAUAGGCCAUCUUAAGUUUGUCUUGACGAUACCUUUGCGCCGUAGAUACAAGUCUUAUUACUAGGCUAUUGUGCACUUAUGAUAAAAAUCCCGAAAAUUUUCCUUAAAAGUUGAAAACGUAAAGUGAGGCAGAGGAAAA